UCGCUUGGUCGUGGCUUCCUGCAGCUUCGUCUUGUCGCCAUCACUUGGCGCGCAGCACUUCUUCUCAAUUUCUCAAGCAUCUCUGCUGUUCUCAACAACACAAGACUUGCGACCCCGAUCAUCCUGAACAAUCCAAAGAUGCGCAGCACCAAGGAAGUUGAACAGAUCGAGAAAUGGGGCACAGGCCUUUUUGAGAACGCGGCCGACGAAGCCAUCGUUCGAGAGCUUACCAGAGAGUCUGGUUUUGCAAAAGGUCCUGAGAACUUCCUCUUCCCUUCGAACGUUGAAAGCUAUCGCGAGGAACUCGACCACGGAGCUCUGGACAGGAUGCUCGAAGUUCGUCUGCCCAUGGACCUUAGCACCGAGAAUACAACUCAGGACAAAGACGAGAUGUGGACCUGGCCUCCCAGCAGAUGUGCCGGCUAUCGUCUCUGCUUGCUCGGUGCAGUCAUGAUGCAGCUUGGCUGUAGAGUCCGUAGCGACCUGCGCCUGUCUAUGGAAGAACUUCACACAAUCGUCGGCUUCUCCCGAAAUGCUCAAGUACAACUCCGCCACGCUCUCAACGUCUACGUUGAUGGCACCCCCUACAAUUUCCGCGCAAAGCCUCAACCCAUCGGUACCAACUCAGACGACUGGGCCACAAACUCUGUAUGGGGUGAUAUCGGCGAGUCCUUCAUCAUGACCGAUGUUACGACGGAUCCUAUGCUCAAGAUGAUGAUGAGACAAAUUCUUGGUCCUAUGCUAAAGUGUGUUGCCGCCGGCGACAACGACCAUCCCCACGACGCUUGUGGUCGUUGUGGCAAGAAGAAAAGAGAAGAUGGCUCGCCUUGUCAGCCCUGUUCGCAGUGCGGUCAGAGGCGUUAUUGCAGUCGCAAAUGGUAUCUUUUGUGCAUCCUGAAGAACGACAUGACAAGAUGCUGACCACACUUGAAGUGAACUUGCCCAUCGCCCCCAGCACAGAUUGGUUUGCGAAGAUCCCUUCUACCGGUCCAGCGGCAAUGUCUGGGCACAAGCCGUGAGGGAAUCCAACAAGACCAAGGACAGCCCGGCCAACGACACAGGCCAUGAGGACACCAAUAGCACCGUACGCGACAGACUGUUGACCGCCUAUACCUUGACCUCCC